UUGCAUUUUCUGAUUGAACCGAAGAAGCAACUCGAAUAUUCGAAUUUAGGGUUCUUCAAAUUUUCAAAUUCUGCAUCCUCGACCCCUCAUAAUUAGAAAAAUAAAAUAAAAAGCUCAGCUCUGGAAAAAUCAGUGCGGUUUUCCUGCAAACGUCCAGGUGAUUUUGGAGGUUUCUUUUGUAUACCUGCCGGUUAUAUCUGCACUGUGUAUGUUUGAACGGUCAUUAUGAAGUUCCUUGAAUACACCCAUCUGGAUCGAAUAAAUGAUUUUUUGAAUCAUUUAAAUCUCGGAGAACGCACCAUCAAAGGAUGCCUUGAAGCUUACUCUUGUAAACAUACAGGAACAGACAAAAGGUUGUCUCUAAGUUUGGAAAAUGAGAUCCUUGAUUAUCUUGGGAAAUCUUUGGACACUGACUCCUCUUCUCCAGCUGAAUUUCUGUUAAGCAGAUCAAGCCGGAAGACAUUGAUCUACCUAGUUCUUGCCCUUUAUCACAUGUAUCCGGAUUAUGAUUUCAGUGCAGUCAGAGCACACCAGUUCUUCACAGAGGAAAGCUGGGACACUUUUAAGCAGAUUUUUGACACCUACAUGUUUGAAGCAUCAAAGGAAUGGACUGAGGUAAAUGAGGAUAGUUCACUGCUUGAAUCACUGUACAGGGCUUUAGAUGAGGUCGUAAAACUAUCAGAAUGUGAGAUUUACAGUUAUAAUCCUGACUGUGAUGCUGACCCGUUUCUAGAGAAAGGAGCAAUAUGGUCAUUUGUUUUCUUCUUCUACAACAGAAAGCAGAAGCGUGUAGUGAGUUUUCACUUCUGCUGCUUGAGGUGGGGAUAGAUAUUCUUAUUUUCUUUAUGUUUCAGCAAGC